CUGACACGCGGUGUCUGCAGCAGGGCUGCAGAAGCCUGAGAAGGGCUCUGAACGGUACCUAGUUCGACGACGAAAGGGCGCUGCAUGGUGAAUGCGAAGCGAUAGAAUUUUAAAAGCUGGCUGAGGUUGCUUCAAGGGCGUGAAUCAUAAGAAACAUAGGCCUAGAAGCUCAUUGCUGGCAGCAUGUCGGGGGCUGCAGUGGCUGCUGUUGCCGGUGCAGGCGGCGGGAUCCUUGCGCAGGUUGUGACAUACCCCUUGCAAACUGUCAACACCAGACAGCAAACAGAGAGAAAGCUCCUGAGGCUUCCCGAUGCAGAUGUUACCCCAUCUGAAGCAUCAAAAACCACUUUGCAGCAGUUUAUAAAGAUUAUCAAUGAAGAAGGGCCCAGUUCUCUGUAUCAGGGCUUGGGAAGUUCCAUCGUGGGAACUGCACUUUCUCAGGGAAUAUACUACGGAGUGUACCAAAUGGGCCGUGAUUGGGCGACCAACAAGAACAAGAAGAGUAUUGGCACGUUGACAAGCCUUGCGGUCGCCGCUCUUAGUGGGUGCGUCAAUGUGCUGCUGACUACACCAAUAUGGGUUGUGGUAACACGGCUGCAGACCGAGAAGCAAGCACGGAAGGCCAAGCUGCGAAGACUCUCAGAAGCUGCUGGCCGAUACGAGCUCGAAACGGGAGUUCGAGACAGGAGCUUUGUUGAGAAACCGGUAACUACGGCAGGCGCGGUUGCUGAGAUGUACAAGGAGGCGGGCCUUCUAGGUUUUUGGAAAGGUGUUUUACCUGCGCUGAUCAUGGUUAGCAAUCCAGCAAUUCAGUUCAUGAUUUACGAAGCGCUGCUAGAGCGACUGACUGCAAAGAGGCGGUUGAAUAAAGCAGGGUUCAAGAACAUUUCUGCCUCAGAGGUGUUUAUGCUCGGCUCCGUGGCCAAGCUGGGCGCAACGCUGGUCACGUACCCGCUCCUAGUCAUCAAGUCGAGGUUACAAGCGAAGCAGGAUAUUGGGACGGACGACUCGUUGCAGUAUACUGGGACCCUUGAUGCUGUGGCCAAGAUGGUGAAGCACGAAGGGUUUCUCAGCUUCUACAAGGGGAUGGACCUCAAGAUCGUGCAAAGUGUCCUGGCUGCCGCCAUUCUUUUCAUGACCAAGGAAGAGCUCGUCAAGCUCGCGUUCGUACUGCUGAGGUCCAACAAGGGGCGGAAGCUACCAGCUUAACGUGACAACCUAGCAAGCCCAUGUCCGCCAAUGGCACCCGAGAGAGAUCAGAAGGCUGGUGACAGCAAGGUUAUAAUCUGUAAAAUACCGAACUUUGCGAUCCAAUAAGGACUUUGCAUGAUUCUGGAAAAAAGAAAGCAAGGCCCCGCUCAAAUAGACUCGGCUCCUAUCGUAUGUCCUAGAAUGUCCAUGUGCGCACCAGUAUUGGUAUUCAACCACGGCAUAGUUGCAUUCGAUGUUUUACCCGGU